CAGGUCUCAGUUUAAUGCAGAAAUUUGCUAAAGCCUAUAUUUAAAUCUCUGAAGACUAAAUUGUUGUUAAUUACUGCUUUACUGUGAAAAAAAGCAGGAGUAGCUUCCCUUCAAAUGCGAUCCUAAGCGUUAGGACUUUGAUUCGAAUGAAUCAUGAAUCAAUAUUGAAUCAAUCUGAUUCAGAAAAAUUUAAGUUAGAUCUAAUCUGAAUAUCUGAAGUUUACUGAAAUGAUUGGAUGAUCUGGAAAGACAGGUAUUCAGUCUGUUUUUCUUCAGGAAUAGGCACUUUCUCUGAAACUCUCCAUCUAGGGAAAACAGCCAGCUGGGAGAACGCUGGCAAAAAAGAGGAGAGUUGCGACUGAUGGCUUUAGCUGUCACUCAGGGAACAAUUUUACCAUGGCUCUGUUUUUUACUUUGGCAUAUAUCACAUUAAAGUGGAUGUAUCUCUGAUUUUAUGGGUGAUAGUAUUGACCCCCUGCAAUAGUGCUGUCGAAGUAGAUAUGGGGGCAGAAUUGGCAUCUGGGUUUGUGGCAACUCUUAUCCCCACAUCUACUCUGGAAGCACUAUUGUACUCACAGCUUUCAAGAACAGCAUUAGAGCCAGCACUAAGUGGAAGAUGCCUGUACCCAUAGAUACACUUAUCUGUUCAUUAUCAGUCAUGGUCAGUGAAGACACAAAGCUUGUGCAUUUAGACAUCAAGAUUUGGGUUUGGCUUAGUGUAAGAUCAGGUGGCUUCUGAUGCAGGUUGAGCUGGAUCAAGUUAUUUUUUGAACUGGGAUCUGAAUCAGAUUUUGUGGUUGGUCUACACAUCUGCUCAAAAACACUUAGGAGGGCAUGCCUUUUGUUAACAUUAUAAAUUUUUGAAAGAAUUCUACUAAACUUAAGGUUUGCACUAUAUAAGCCAUGUGUUCAUUGUUAUGAAUGUCCAUUUCUAUAGUUCUAUAUUUCAUUGGGAUCCUAUCAGGUCCUUAUCAUUGAGCCUGUAUUUUAUGCCCUCCUAGUUUUGAAGUGUAUUCAGUUCACUUUCUCAACAGGAGCAAACUAUUGCUUAAUCUUUUACAGUAUAUCAAGAAAUGUAAUAUUAGAAGGCAAGGGAUUUUGGAAUUCAGAUGUAUGCUAAAAUGUGUGUGUGUGUGUGUGUGUGUGUAUAGAUAUAUAUAUGACAAGAAUUCUAUAAGAAUGAAUCUUUGUAUGCUGUCUGAACUAGGCAUUCUUUUUGUGUUAAAGAUUCAAGCUGGGAUCAUUUAGUAAAUUACAAGAAGACAAAAACAAUGAAGGUUUUUUUAGUUCUGAAUGUCUGACAGCAUUUAUAAUGCCUAUAUUGAGUUGUUCUUUGUGCAGAUUUGGAUCUGAUUCAGUUCUACUGGCUCUAUGUAGCCACUCCACCCAGGAGAUGACUAAUUGGUGCCAGUUUGGAAAGGACAGCCUUGAGUAACUGAACAAUGGAAUUUUAGUCACCUAGUAUGAGUAGCUUUUUAUUGUAAUAGCAGCAUGUAAUCAAAACAUAUUUUUGUCCUGUAAUUUUUGGGACAGUACAGUAGACAUAUUAGUGUGAACUUUCUUUUUAUUCAUUAGAAGAAGUAGCUGAUCAAAGAAACAUUAAUCUAAGUCACUGUUUGCUGUGAUUUUAGUUUUUUGUUUUAUAUUGGAAGUACUUAUAUGAGUUGCACAGUGUACUUGUAAAGAUAUAUGUUCUGUAGGCGAAUGUCAAAUAGCAUUUUAAUUUCAGUUAAUAAGAAAAUAGUAAUAAAAAGUAACUACUAAUAUUUGCAUUGUUAAUACUGAAAACAUUCAAAUAAACAUUGAUUGUUCCAGGAUGUUUAGCUGUUUAGGCUUGUAUAUUUCACUAUCUCUAGUAGACACUUAAGUUCCAGAUUAAAACUUGCAUCUUCAAGUAUCCUCUUUGGCAGAAGAUCAAGGACACGCUAAACAAACUUCUUGGUACUUUUGCUAGGCAAGCUGCAACAUUGUUGAGGAGUAAAGAAUUCUUGCGUCAAGACAAUUAGUAAUGUAAUAGGAUCCUGUUUACAGAUACAUUAUUUCAGUUACAUACUCUUCCUAGCAGAAACAAUUGCCCUCAUCAAACUUUGUUCUGGCACAGAGUUCAGAUUUUUAUUUUUUAAAGUUGGUGUGAAUGAAAAAUAACCAACUGUAUUUUUUCUAUAUUAGGCAAUGAAAACAGCUGUCAUUACUGUUUUUGCAUCAUUUAACAUGCAAAGUACCUUAAUGUUUGGAAUUCAGGCUUAGUUCUAUCAUGAAAUAGCCUCUGGAGAGCAAUACGGGGUUGUUGAUGCAAUAGUUGCUGACAGUUCUCAUCCCUGGUGGUCAGCAGUACAAGACAGCCUUAUUGCUGUGAUGUUUGCUAACAUCCCAGGCCAGUUUUAAUGAACAUACCUUGGCUUUAUUUCUAACCCCUACAUUAAGUGCACACAACCUGUAGUUUUCCAUCUAAUAGUGAGAUGGGAAAGUGUGGGCCUCCAAGUGUUGCUGAGUGGCAACUCUCACCAGCCCUAGCCAGCAGAGUCAGUAGAAAAGGAUGAGUUGGGGGUAAAAGCAUCUAGGAGACUGUGCUCCCCAUUACUGGUCUGAUUCCAAGACCCUCUUGGAAAGAAUGGUCUGUCCCUACUUCUGGAGCAUGUUGUACAGAAAGAAAGAGAAAGAGAAGAGGGCGGCAGGGAUAAAGAGAGAGAUGGUGGUAUUGCGCACCUUUGACUUUGGCUCCAUUCUCUGCUGACCUGUGUCCCCCAACAGACUACUUUGAGAGGAAUGUGGCCCUUGACACACACACAAGGCUCUUCCCAAACCAGUUUAGAAUAACUCCUUUCUUAAGUUCAGGGCUGUGGCUUCUUUUAAUAAGUCCAUACAUCUGCAAUGUGCUCUUCAUCGUUUUCUACUGUUUUUCAUUUUGCCAAGCAUGAUUGGCUUUUCCAAUGAGACAUGUUGUCUCAAAAUAGGAUAGCCUCAGCUUAGUCAUUUUGCCACUCUAGAAAGAAGGUAGCCUUGAUUUUACUAUUGGACCCAUUUAUUAGCUAUUUUGGCACUCCACAAUAUCCACAGAACUCUCCUUGAGCAUCACAUGUCAAGAGGGUUGAUUUUCCUCACUGUCCAGUUUGUACACCUAGACAUAGAAAUUAAAAAGACAAUGGCAUGGAUGAUUUUGACUUUGGCAUCUAAUGAUAUAUCUUUAUACUUGUAGAUCUGGAACUUCACUGGCUUCUUGUUAAGGCAAAGCUGUUAAAAAUCUAUAAAAGCGAUGAAAAAUUAUGAUGUUACAGUCAUUUUUCUGGAGCCAGUGUAGUGAUAAUAGUGCUGGAUUGGGACUUGGGAAAUCCAGAGUCAAGUCCCCUUUGAGCCAUGACAUUUAUUGUGCGCUAUCAAACUGAUGCUGAAAUGAGGGCAUCCUCUAACUCACCAGUUGAUAACCAAGGUGCAAAGAGGCCGAAUUGCCGAGCCUUGUCCUUGGCUGGACAUGUUGGUUUUGAUAGUUCGCCAGAUCAGUUGGUGAACAAGUCUAUUCAUCAGGGGUUUUGUUUCAACAUUCUCUGUAUUGGGGAGACAGGAAUUGGAAAAUCAACUUUGAUGAACAGUUUGUUUAAUACCAGUUUCGAUGAGCAUAUGUCAACACAUUUUCAGCCGAAUGUAAGACUUAAAGCUGAGACUUACGAACUCCAGGAAAGUAAUGUUCGAUUGAAGUUGACAGUUGUAAAUACCGUUGGAUUUGGUGACCAGAUAAACAAAGAUGAUAGCUAUCAACCCAUAGUGGAUUACAUAGAUGCCCAGUUUGAGGCCUACCUCCAGGAAGAACUAAAAAUUAAACGUUCUUUAUAUAAUUACCAUGACACUCGCAUCCAUGUGUGCCUGUACUUUAUUUCACCCACGGGUCAUUCUCUUAAAACUCUUGAUUUAUUAACCAUGAAAAUUCUGGAUAGUAAGGUGAAUAUUAUUCCAAUUAUUGCCAAAGCAGAUACAAUUUCUAAAUCUGAACUACAGAGGUUUAAGACUAAAAUCAUGAGUGAACUGGUCAGUAAUGGAGUCCAAAUCUACCAGUUUCCAACAGACGAUGAGAGUGUUGCUAAAAUUAAUGCCACCAUGAAUGGAUAUUUGCCCUUUGCUGUAGUGGGCAGCAUGGAAGAGGUAAAGGUUGGAAACAAAACUGUAAAAGCUCGGCAGUAUCCUUGGGGUAUUGUACAAGUGGAGAAUGAACACCACUGUGAUUUUGUGAAACUCCGGGAAAUGCUGAUUUGUACAAACAUGGAAGAUCUAAGAGAGCAGACUCAUAUGCGCCACUAUGAACUGUACCGGCGCUGCAAAUUGGAACAGAUGGGUUUCCGAGACACUGGUCCAGAAAACAAACCUGUCAGGAUGCCAGAUAGCAAAAAGACGCCUCGUAGAGAAAGUCUACAGGAGACAUAUGAAGCUAAGAGACAUGAAUUCCUUGGUGAAUUACAGCAGAGAGAAGAAGAGAUGAGGCAAAUGUUUGUACAGAGAGUCAAAGAGAAAGAAGCAUUGCUCAAAGAAGCUGAGCGAGAGCUACAAGUGAAAUUUGAACAUUUGAAACGGCUUCAUCAAGAAGAGCGGAUAAGAGUGGAGGAGAAAAAAAAGAUCCUGGAAGAUGAAAUUAUGGCAUUCAAUAAAAGAAAGGCUGCCUCAGACAUACUCCAAGGGAGGCCUCUACCUGCUACUCCGACUGUUGCCUUAAAAAAAGAUAAAGAUCGGAAAAAGGAUCCAGGUUUUCGGCUUGAGCUCCUCUGUUUUGAUGUCAGAGAUCAGGAAGUUGUGAAUAUGCAGGAAGAGAGAGAGAAGUUAGAAAAGGACAGACUCCAUUCUAGGGAAUGCCACCAAUAGUAUUUGGAAGCAGCUUGCCAAUAUUAUGUGGUUAGGCUCUGGAUUUAUGUGAAACUGAAGAGACAAGAAAAAUGGUUUGCAUUUCUCUUUGAGGAAAUUUGGCUGCAUCUCUCCCCUUCUUAUGCAAGCUAACUUGAAAACCUGACCACUAUUUAACAUUGGAAAAGUAUAUUAAACUGUAUAAUCAAUCAGUAUUGCCUAUGUACUUUGGGUUGCUGUUGCAGUAAUAUAUUAAAAUGGACAUUUAUUUUAAGCAGCGAUUGGUAUUGGUAUGCACUUAAAAAUGUAAACUAUGUACUGCUGGCCAAGUUGCACACACUUCCAGAUGCUGUACCAAAGAUCUGUGCCAUGAAAGAGUUUUUAUUCAAGUCAGCUAUGAAUACUGUAGUACAGAAGUAUUUGCUGAAUAUGCAUUAUAAUUGUUUUAAAGAAUUGAUGUCUUUUUGAUGUGUUAAUUAUACAACAUUUAAUGUUCUUUUUUGAAGCAUUUAUUGAACUGUAUACAAAUGUAAACCUACUAAAGUAACUACUUCCUUUUCUAAAAAUGUUUUAUAUAUGAACUUUCUAGUUUCAUGAUUGCCUUUACCAUUGCAGUAUUCAUGCAAACAUGUGUGCCACUAGAAAAUAGACAUUAAAAACUAAUUUGGUUAUGAGAUGCCUUUUGCUUGAAUACUCUUCCUUAGUUUUCAGGUACAUUCCAUGUCAUCCUUUGUGUGAAAACUAGGGUCUUAAAGAUAAAUAAAAUAAAAUUGGAUUUGUUUAAUGAGA